GGUGCUGCUAGACGGAGGCGGCAGCAGGUCACGACGUGGGGCGGCCAGCGAUGAAGCCGCCUAGUUCAUUGCAAACAAGUGAGUUUGACUCAUCAGAUGAAGAGCCUAUUGAAGAUGAACAGACUCCAAUUCAGAUAUCAUGGCUACCCCUGUCACGAGUGAAUUGUUCUCAGUUUCUUGGUUUGUGUGCUCUUCCAGGUUGUAAAUUUAAAAAUGUUAGAAGAAAUAUCCAAAAAGAUACAGAAGAACUAAAGAGCUAUGGUAUACAAGACAUAUUUGUUUUCUGCACCAGAGGGGAACUGUCAAAAUACAGAGUCCCAAACCUUUUGGACCUCUACCAUCAGUAUGGAAUUAUCACUCAUCAUCAUCCAAUCCCAGAUGGAGGGACUCCUAACAUAGCCAGCUGCUGUGAAAUAAUGGAGGAGCUCACAAUCUGCCUUAAGAAUAACCGGAAAACCUUAAUACACUGUUAUGGAGGACUUGGAAGAUCUUGUCUUGUAGCCGCUUGUCUCCUACUAUACCUGUCUGACACAGUUUCACCAGAGCAAGCCAUAGACAGCCUGAGAGACCUAAGAGGAUCUGGGGCAAUACAGACUAUAAAGCAAUAUAAUUAUCUUCAUGAGUUUCGGGACAAACUAGCCGCACAUCUAUCAUCAAGAGAUUCAUUAUCAAGAUCUGUAUCUAGAUAAAAAAGAAUUUCAAAUAACAUAUAUAUGACCAUGUCUGAAAUUUAAGAGCUAUUUAACAUAAUUUGUAUUGAAACAAAAUUUACUAGUGUUAUCAACUUGAAUGUAAAUGUGUACGUGCAAAUAUUCCUAAAGCUUUUAUUGACAAAUUUCAGUUGUAUCUCUUAUCUCUUCUAGAAGAUCGAAAAACUGCUAUAUAAUUUUUGAAAUGUACUGUCUCCUCUGGUAUGUUUUACUUAGAAAUAGUGCUGAAGUGAGCAUAUGGAAAAAUGUUUCACUGCAUAUUUUUAUUAUUUACCACACUUUUACCUCAUUUUAUGAUUUGUAACUACCAGGUGGAAUGCAACAUAGUAAUAAAUGUAAAAAUGGGUAUGAGUACAAACUAA